AUGCUUAACCAAGCUUCCAAGGAUAGCUCAAAUGCUGCAUCUGCUCGUAUUGGAGUCAGAGAACAUCUUAACCAAUCAAAUGCGCCAUCAAAUGUGCCAUCUGCCGGAGUUGAAGGGACUGCUGGAGUUGAAGUGACUGGAGCAAGUGGAACUUCUGAAGUUCACCAUGGUUCUUCUGGAGAAGGUGAUAAUACUACAGUAAAUCACACUAAUGAGAGUGGCAUUCCGCAAACCCUUGAAGCUUCCAACCAAAAUCAUAAUUUGAAUGCAGCUGAAGACUCUGGUAACCUUCAGGAUACAUCAAUCAAAGGCAAAGCUUCCGUCCCCAAGAGAAAACGUGGUCAAACAAUGGGUAAGGGACUUAUGAAAGCAUUUGAUGCCACUGGAAAGAAAUUGAAGGUAGAUGUGGAUCCACUGACAGGACGACCCAAAAGUCGAGAGCAAUCUGCAAAGCUCUCAAGUCAAAUUGGUGUAGUAGCUCGAGAUGUCCUUCGAGUGCCAAGAAAAUGGAAAGAAAUGGCUGAAGAAAAAUUUUUGGAACCAGACAUUGAUCAUAUAAAGAUUCAUAUGGAUGUCAACUUGGAUGCACCGGGUGUGAGGCACUGCUUGGUUGAUAGGAUGAAAUCUAGUUCUCGACAAAUUCGUUACAGGUUACAUAAGCAUUACAAGAAGUAUGCAACCCUACAAGAGGCUAAGAAUAAUAAGCCACCAUUUUGUGCUAGUAAAGAAAAUUGGGACGAACUCUGUGAUUAUUUUGCAUCAGCUAAGUUCAAGCACCAAAGUUCAAUUAACUCUAUGAAUCGACAAAUGUUAAGGACCCCGCAUAUAUCUGGCAGAACUCCUUUUUCUACACUUCAACAUGAAAUUGCUCAAAAGAAGAAUGCUACUGGAGAUGCUAAUGGAGAUGUUAAUGGAGAUGUUGGCGACAUAAUUGAGUUCUACAUACUCACACAUUACACUAACAAGCAUGGUUGGUCAAAUAAUGAGGCAAAAGAAAAUUGGAUAUCGAAAAGCUUAAGGCAUUCAUGGCUUCCAAAGGAAGUACUUGAGGUGAUUGUUCUGUUUUGUUAA